AGUCCACUUUCUCUCUCUAUUAGCUCGGUACUCUCUCGCUCUCUCGGGUCGACUCCUAUACUUCCUACCUCUAUCGAGUGACUGGUGCUUGGGUCUCUCUCUCUCUCUCUGUCUCUAUAUCCCUUUUUUUUUUGUUGCUUUUUCUUUUCUUGCUAUUGCAACAACUCACCUUCAUCCUCAUCUGCAUUCAUCCUCAUCUGCAGUCUGCAGACCUCUGCUGGUAUAUACAAACAGUGAAACCCCAUGAAAAUCUAAAACUUUGGAGGGCCAAUCUUUUCCUCAGAAAAGUACCAUUUUUUUUGUUUUUUCCAAUGGAUCCGAAGGGCUCUUCGAGGGCUCCAACCCAAUAAGUGCCCAAAUUCCAUCAAGCCCUGGGCCUCCCGAGGGACGACAAGAUGGAGGCCAAGGAUUUGCAGGUAGUGGUGGCUGAGAAGGAGGAAGGGAAGAGGCAGCUGGCACCCAAGAGGAGCUCCAAUAAGGAUCGGCACACGAAGGUCGACGGGAGGGGGAGGAGGAUCAGGAUGCCUGCACUCUGUGCAGCCAGGAUCUUCCAACUGACGAGAGAAUUGGGCCAUAAAUCUGAUGGCGAGACCAUUCAGUGGCUUCUGCAGCAGGCAGAGCCAUCCAUUAUAGCAGCCACGGGAACGGGCACCAUCCCUGCUUCAACCCUUGCUGUUGCAGCUGGCUCCAUGUCCGCACAGGGGACCUCCGUUUCUGCAGGCCUUCAUCAAAAGAUGGACGAGUUGGGCCAUGGAAUUGGCAGUGGGAGGACCAAUUGGGCCAUGACUGUGGGCAGAUCUCAUUCUGCUACAGGUAGUUUGUGGCCCAGUGUCGGUGGUCUCAGCUGUGGGUUUUUGCACUCUUCUGCUCCAUCAUCAUCAAACUUGGGGUCUGAGAAUGUGAAUUUCGCUCAAAGAGUCGGAUUUCCAGGGUUCGAAUUGCCGGCUACUCAUCUUGGCGCGAUGAAUCUGAGCUCAAUCUUGGGUACCCACAGUCAGUCUCUUCCUGGUUUGGAGCUCGGUCUUUCUCCUGAUGGUCAUAUUGGGGUGCUGGCAUCUCAGGCUUUGAAUUACUACCAUCAGAUUGGGCAAAGUAGAGCAGCUCCAAUUCAUCAACAGCAGCAGCCGCAACAACAGCAGCCGCAGCCGCAACAGCAACAACAGCAACAACAGCAACAGAAGCAGCAGACUAGCAAAGACGAUUCACAGGGAUCAAGGCACUAAUAGGGAGGUUAUAAUUUUUUUGGAGAAUUAAAGAUGGUGGUUGUGGUUUUGAUACGAAAGAAGGUAUGUCUCUCUAAGCCACUGGAAAGAAGCCUUGCUGAUAGUAUUUGUGGAUGACCUGUAGACGAUUGAAUCGGGCCCUGGGUGCCGCUUUCUUGCCCUGCAAAAUCUUCGUCGAAGUAUGAAAAUACAGUUUGCAGGUGGAACAUACAAAAAACGGCAUGCUUUUGGGUUUGGAACUAUUUUUCUUUGUCCUUUGAUCUCUUGUUUCAAGGUGUGGUCGUGACAGCGUAAGCCAUUGUCGAUUCUUCGUUCUCAAGUUUAGUGAAUUGGUUAUUGGCUUGAUGUGGAUGAAAUUGGGAUUCCAGACUGCAGAAUAUGCACAAUGUGCAAGGCAUAAGAUGCACAAUGUGCAAGUUAAUGUGAUUUUUGUGCCUGCAGAUUGUGAGUUGUAGGAAUAAUAUAAUGUUCUGCUUUGUAUUUAAUGAGCUGUAUUCGAGAAACCAAUAAGCAACACUUGCAUGGCUCCAUUUCUGUCCUCGUAUGAUUGAAACAA